GCAGCUGUUCAUAAUCGAUCAGUGUUGUUGGGACGCGCACUUGGCUACCAUAUGGGGGAAACUAGUUGGAAAUCGAAAUGGGGACAAACGACAUCAGGACAAUCAAUAAUCCGUACCGCGGAACUAUAGUACAGCUGACAUGUUUCCAGGGGGGAAUAACUUUAGGGACCGGAAGUGGGGAGCCGAGGACCUUUUGCAGCUGCCCAGGUAUGGCCCUGGACGGGCUGGCCGGGUACGUGUAUAAGGCGGCGGCUGAGGGCCGGGUACUUACUCUGGCUGCCUUGUUACUCCAUCGUACCGAACCUGAGAUCCGAACCGUGCUCUCCACUGUCACCCAGCACGGCGGCCAGAGAUCCACUCCGCUCAUCAUCGCCGCCCGUAACGGACACAGCAAGGUGGUGCGCCUGCUCCUGGAACAUUACAAGGUGGAUGUGCAGCAAACUGGCACUGUGCGCUUCGACGGAUAUAUCAUUGAUGGAGCUACUGCCCUGUGGUGUGCUGCUGGAGCCGGGCACUAUGAAGUGGUAAAGUUGCUUGUGAGCCAUGAGGCAAAUGUGAACCACACAACUGUCACAAAUUCCACCCCUCUGAGAGCUGCGUGCUUUGAUGGAAGACUAGACAUUGUCCGCUUUCUUGUGGAGAACAAUGCAAACAUUAGCAUCGCCAAUAAGUACGACAAUACGUGCCUGAUGAUUGCUGCUUACAAGGGCCACUCUGAUGUAGUGCAUUACCUUCUGAGGCAACAUGCUGACCCGAAUGCCAGAGCUCACUGUGGAGCAACUGCGCUGCACUUUGCAGCAGAAGCUGGACACUUAGAUAUUGUGCGGGAGCUGGUUAAGUGGAAAGCAGCUAUGGUUGUUAAUGGACACGGGAUGACUCCUCUUAAGGUAGCUGCUGAGAGCUGUAAGGCAGACGUGGUAGAACUGCUUCUUGCACAUUCAGACUGUGAUGCCAAGAGCCGUAUAGAGGCAUUGGAGCUUUUGGGAGCCUCUUUUGCCAAUGAUCGGGAGAAUUACAACAUCACCAAGACCUAUCAGUAUUUGUACUUAGCAAUGCUGGAGAGAUUUCGGGACCCCUCAAACAUUCUUCACAAAGAGGUCCUCCCUCCAAUUGAGGCCUAUGGAAUGAGAACAGAAUGUCGAAAUCCACAGGAGUUAGGCGCUAUCCUCCAUAACACAGAUGAUCUCCAUUUGGAGGGCUUGAUUGUUCGCGAGCGCAUCCUCGGCUCUGACAACAUUGAUGUGUCGCACCCAAUAAUAUACCGGGGGGCGGUGUAUGCCGAUAACAUGCAAUUUGAACAGUGUAUCAAGUUGUGGCUGCAUGCGUUGCAGCUGCGUCAGAAAGGAAAUCGCAAUACACACAAAGACUUGCUGAGGUUUGCGCAAGUGUUCUCUCAGAUGAUUCACCUUAAUGAGCCAGUGAAAUCUCGGGAUGUGGAACGUGUGCUGGAAUGUAGCGUUCUCGAAAUAGAACGUGGUAUAGCUCGUAUCCAGAAUCCCCAAGAGCCCGAUGCCCAUUCUACACUGGAAAACCAUGAAUGUAAUCUCUACACUUUUCUUUACCUUGUUUGCAUAUCCACAAAAACUUGUUGCUCAGAGGAGGAGCAGCCUUGCAUAAAUAAGCAAAUCUACCGCCUUGUACACCUGGAUCCUCGAACAAGGGAAGGAGGCAGUCUGCUGCAUUUGGCAGUUGAUUCCGGCACGCCUGUAGAUGACUUCCACACUAAUGACGUCUGCAGUUUCCCAAGUGCCCCAGUGGCAAAGCUCCUUAUUGACUGUGGAGCGAACGUUAAUGCCGUGGACCAGAUGGGUAACAGCCCACUCCAUGUUAUAGUACAAUACAACCGUCCUAUCAGUGAUUUUCUUACCCUGCAUGCCAUUAUCAUCAGUCUUGUAGAGGCAGGGGCUCACACUGACAUGACCAACAAGGAGAAAAAGACUCCUUUGGACAGAAGCACCACAGGGGUGUCAGAAAUUCUACUUAAAACUCAAAUGAAGCUUAGUCUGAAGUGCCUAGCAGCCCGGGCUGUGCGACUUCACAACAUUAAAUAUCAAAAUCAGAUCCCGAGGACUCUUGAAGAGUUUGUGGAAUUUCAUUAAACCUUUGUUUGGAUGAACUUCAUUUAUAUUCCUACAAACAUUCUUUGGUUACACACCAUUCCUUAGGGCCCACCUGUAUCUUCUUGGGGCAAAGCCAAAACAGCCACCACUUAUAUCAUCUAAUUUUCUUAAUUGUUCCAUCGCUCUGAAGAAUGCUGCAGUCUCAUGUUUUAUUCUGAUUCUCUUCCAUGAUGUUGCAGCUGCUUUAAUUACUGAUCAGGUUUUAAAGAGAAUAAGAUAAGGUGCUGAAUCCCCACUUCAGGUUUUUUUUUUUUUUUCUGUUAAGGGAGAAUUGGUUUUUGAAUUUUUAAUGGCUGAAGCCUGCUGAGACUUUCUUCCACAUGGAAGUCUCCAAAAAAAAACUUCUGCAGGGUCCUUUGAUGACUGCAGCCUAAUGUCUGAAUGUCACCUGAGACACUUGAGGGGAUUUGGCAGGCUGUUUUCCCCUAGUUACCCAUCGUUUACCUCUGAGGGAUAGCUGAACGGUGUCCAUAGCAUGUGGCUGGCAAGUGCUGGAAAUUGGCCAGCCUGAGUGGCUGUGGGCAUUGGGUAACAAGAAUUGGGUGCAAGUUGUUUACAUUGCUUUUGUCCAGGCAAACUGACAAUAUACCAGCUUGAUCACUGCACUCACUGUAGCAGGCUAACACAAGCACAUUUCAUCAGUUUCCCUUUAGGCUUUGGCCAUAUAGGCUUUCUUAACCAUGCAAAAUGUAAUAAAUCAUAGGUUACAUUUGUCUUCGGCAGCCUCUGGGAGCUCACCAGGCAGCUGAAUGAGGCUCAGAAAGUGCCUAUAUAGAUUUGCUUCCCUGUGUCUGAGCCAAAUGAACCCAGUAAUGCUGAACUGUGCACGGCACACCAAAAGUGGGGACUGAAAGUCUUCACAAAGGGCAGUUUCUGGUAUCCCAGUCCGCUACGAUGGUUGAGAUCGCCGAGGCUUCAUAAGACUGACUGUAGGUUUGUUUGUACAAGCUUUUAAAUUAAGAAGGUCUAUAGAUCACUGUCAAUAGGCAUCAGUCAGGGACGUGUAUUUGGUGUGUAAUCAAUUUUUCCAAAAAAAAUGUUUUUUUUGUUCAUGGCUGAAGUGCAGAUUCUUGAUUAAGAUAAUGAAAAGAUAAAUGGUUUUAUUUGAUUCUAAGUCAAUGUGACAAUAUUAAAGGCCGGUUAAUACCAAAGAAAACCUGUAGCCUCUGCAUAAGGUUUCUGUACAGUUUGCUAUGUUUACCAGCCCUGUGGAGCUAAUGUUCUUGCCUCCAUUUGUGACCAAGUGCCUUGGGGGUGCUUUCCUUUUUCCAAUCCCUCCCUUAUUUUGGUUAAUAUGAACAUGUGCAAUUUGAAGCCCAGCAGUGGCACCUGAUCUAUACAAUUAAAGAAAUACACUAACAAAUAAAAGGUAAGCAGGAGGGAGAUCACAGCUAAGUUGGCUAAGGCUGGUGCACAUGGUAAAUUGUACAGUGGCCCUAUGUAAACAAAUUUAAGGGCAAAACUUCAUAGGGAUUUAGCUGUGUUUUGUUUGUGGUUUGAUAUGAACUUUAUGAAGAUCAGGGAUUGACUAUGUACUAAGUAUUGAGGGGGGGAGCUUAAAGGGAUACGGGGAGUGAUUUUAAGGUGCAGCAUUUCCAUUCCCAGGAAGAAGUACUUUGGAAAUACACUUUGUUUUUUCUUUAAAGGUUGUGCCAUACCUAGGUAUUAGAUCCUGCCAAUUGCACUGCUGUACUACUUAAUUAUGGAAAAACCAGUCUGUGUUCCUUUAAUGUCUAUUAAUAUGAUAUCCUAAUAUCUCCUAAAACCUAACUAACUAGGGUAACUCUCCCGUAUGGAUAGCGAGUGGCUUCAUGCAUUAUGUCCUGACCAAUCUAAUAUUUGCACAAUUGAUUUUUUUUUCUUUAUAAAAAUAACAGGUUUUGCUAACCUUUUGUAUGAUUUGUGCUCCGAGUGGAAUUUCAUUUGUCACGGUCACUCCUGAUUAGAAAAAAUAUGAAAUCUCACUCCCCCUUAACUCUCUCUUCUUAAAGGAAAAGUAUGCCCACAAGUUUAUUCUAUACCCUUAAAGGAUUUGUAACACCAAAAAGUGAAAAUGCAUACAUAUCUAUAUUGUGCCUGUCUGUUACCAACGAGGAAACACCUUUAGCAACCACAGCAUUAUAAUGUACAAGACUAUUUCAUCCUUUAUGUGCCAUGAAGGACAUUUGGCCUGUUGGUCAGCACCUCGGUACUAAACCAUUGGAUGCUAAAACCUGCUUUUUGUCUAUGCAAGAUGGACUCCAGCUCCCAUCUCCUCUGACUGCUGCAAAGGAACUUUUUCAUGUACACUGAAUUGGAGUUUCUGAAGCAAACACACAGGGUUUUUACAAGGGCAGGUUAAGAGUAUUUUAUGUUUCAGUGGGAGAAACCCUUUUUUAUUUUUUGGUGUUACUGGCCCUUUAGGCACACAAAGGCAAACGCGAUAUGUCUACUCUAUGCAUAUGUAUCAAUUUGAAUAUGAAAAAAAUAAAUGGGACAGAUAUUUUU